AUGUUCCACGCUCGGCCAAAUCUCGUCCGUCCGUCUGAAGUCUCGGCCAAAGUCCAAAACCGUUCGGCCGAUCACGCAAGUCACGACCCGGGAAACAUGCCCGCGGUCGGCCAAGCCACGCCACGACCGCGCACGACCAAACGCGCGAGCCGGGAAACGCCUCGCGGCCGCGCAACUCUCCGCGUACCACGGCCGAUGCCGUCCGAGCCGGGAAACUACGUCCCGCGUCCGACCGAGAUUUCAUCGGCCAAAUUCACCCGCCGACCACGCAUCCGUCCGGCCCGACCGUUCCGACUCGGCCACGACCCGAUGUCCGGCCGAUCGUCCCGACCGACCGUCCCAACGCCGCGCCAGUCCUUGUGUUCGAUACCCAUACUUCCGCGAUCUGUGCACUUGCAGAGGUCUAGGAGUUUGGUAAAACCUGACUCCGCAUCAAAACCCGCAGUCGGCCACGCCACAACCGGCCACGCCACAACCGCGCACGACCAAAGCGCGCGAGCCGGGAGUAACGCCUCGCGGCCGCGCAACUCACCUCACGUACCGCGCACGAACGCUUCGUCCGACCGGGAAACUAUGCCUCGCGUCCGGCCGAAGAUUUCCAUCGGCCAAUUCCUAUCCGCCCGACCACGCCGGCCGAUCGUCAUAACAUCCGGCCCGACCGUUCCGACUCGGCCAAAGACCCGACUGUCCGGCCGAUCGUCCCGCACGACCGUCCGAACGCCGCGGUCGACCCGAAGCCGUUUUUGA